AUGGCAGCAACAAAAGCGUCAAUCUUUGCGUCUUCCACACAACCUUUUCCAACCACACCGUCCAUUUUUGGAAGCAAAGCAAGCCCUCCUGUUUCAAACACUCUUGCUAGCAGUUUUAAGGGAUUUUCGUUGCCAAGGCGUCCUUCGAUAAGGAAGCAAGUCGUCAAGGGCAAUGGGAAAGUUAGUGCUGCUGCAGCUACAGUUGUAGUAACUCCUGUGGAGGAGCCCAAAGAGGUCACACUACCAUCAUGGGCCAUGUUUGAGCUUGGGAGGGCACCUGUAUAUUGGAAAACCAUGAACGGCCUUCCUCCAACCGCUGGAGAAAAGCUAAGGAUUUUCUACAACCCAGCUGCAAGUAAUAUUGUUCCAAAUGAAGAAUUUGGGAUUGCAUUUAAUGGAGGUUUUAAUCAGCCUAUAAUGUGUGGGGGUGAGCCAAGGGCAAUGCUUAGUAAAAGUCGAGGCAAAGCUGAUUCCCCAAUAUAUUCCAUUCAAAUAUGCAUUCCCAGGAAUGCCCUGAACUUAAUCUUUUCAUUUACAAAUGGAGGUGAUUGGGAUGGUCCUUACAGGCUACAAUUUCAAGUUCCUAAGGCUUUGAGAAACAAACCGAUUGAAUUCUUUAAUGAGGGAUUAACAGAAGAGUUGAGUAAAGACGGCGCGUGUGAAAGAGCAAUCUUUCCCGAUACUAGCGUUGUCGUAACAAGAUGCACUAUGAUUGGGAAUUUGAAUGUUGAAGGAGGCGAUCGUUGCAACCUUAAUCUCGUACCGGGAUGCACAGAUCCUAGUUCACCCUCUUAUGACCCGCUUGCCAAUGUAGAUGAUGGAUCAUGCCCAAUUGAGCUAGAUUCUGACUCUCAGUAG